GAGAGCCCACUUCCUGCAUAUUAGCAAACUUAAGCAUGCAACUCAACCAAAAAGAAAUAGUUAUUAGACUAUCAGAAUGAUGGCAACGGCUACCUCAGCGCACAGCAGAGGCCACAUUUCCAGUUACAGUCGACCACAAGACACACUCUCCUACUAUCACCACAUAGAGUCUCCAGUUUCAGCUCAACUCGAACUCAGAGUCAAGAAGCAGAGGAAAAGUCCACCUCGAUCACCUCCUCCAGCACCCCCCACAGUAGGCCCUCCUGGACCUCCCGCAGUGGGCCCUAGAGAGAAGGAUGAACUAAGACCACUGCAACAGUUGAUCAUUAGUCCUCACAAGGUACAGUCAGUGACACAGGAGUGCAGUUACACUCUGCACCGGCUGGACACCAGUCCCAGCCCUAGCCCCCUACCGCCACCACUGUCAGACGAGGAAGACAUCUUUUAUCAGUCACCAUCUCAGCUUAAUAGUAGCAAAUACUUUUUUCCAUCGCAAUCCAACGAGCAAGAUGUUCUAUCUGAUGCUGACAGUCCAGAUAUAUCGGCCACCCCUCCUCUGACCCGCUAUUCUCCACAAGAUGACCUUACAGAAUGUAGUGACUUACGCCGAACUACCAGUGCCACCAUGAGUGCUCGGAUCACUGGAGGGGGGCUCUCCAGGGGAGGUUUGUACGGAGCCCUGGAGGGCACUAUGAUCCCGGUAACAACGGGGGGCCAUCGACCAAUCACAAGACAGCACCCGUCGCUAUCGGCCACCAUCGGAGCUGAAAUAUUAUCAACCUCACUGCCUCUUCACGAAGAGAGAAAAGACCUCCUACUGAGUCCUGAGGAGGGUCCUCAUGUGCUCGGACCCACAAGACCCGUCCCUCCUCCUAAACAACCAACCACACCUCCCCUUCCCCCUCGACACACUAGGAAGCUCCAGGCAACGGCCUCCAGCCCUGCUCUCCUCACCUCCGACACUACACCACGACCACGCUCAGUCUCCUUCCUACAAUGCGAUGCUGGCAGUGAUAUGGGGAGUUUCCCUGCUGACUAUCUGGGCUCUAAAGAAAUCAACAGCUAUACGAACACUGUGAACACUGUUGCUAAGCAACUCGUCAACUCUAAGGCCGUGGAAGUGAUUGCAUACGUCAGCUCUGAGAAGAUACGAUUGGCUCCACCUCGCAAUCGGGCGCUGCUGUUCAAGUCGUUUGCAGUACGAGAUAUACUGGGAGUUGAGAUAUGCUCUAAGAACAAGCGUAUUAUGGGAGUGCUGGUGUGGAAGAGAGGUCAGCUGCCGAUGUGUCAUAUCCUCCGUUGUGCCUCUAGUCUUGUGUCAGCUAGUCUCCAGGAGUCACUGCUCUAUCAGACACAGCAGGUGGACGAGGUGGCUAAUGGGGCACAGGCGCUAUCCCCCCCUAUCAGCGAAACACCACCCUCCGCCUCAUCGGACCCUGGAGAGCCAGGGGAUCACAUUCUCUCACCCACUGACCUCCUCCACAAACUACCAGCCGUCUACGUUGGGUGUGCAGGGGCGGGAAAACUACACUCUGUUAGUGAUGUCAUCGACAAGGUGUUGUGUGAGCGUACGCCGAGUCAGAGCCAAGCUGUGGGGGUGUGGCUAAGUCUCUCACAAGUGCGGCUUAUAGCCACGAGUGAUGAACAAGAGUGUGCGGCCCACGAUACUAGUAGAAUCAGAGCUAUUGGAGUGUGUACUCGGGACAAGCGAUAUAUGGGUUACAUCAUCAAGGAGGAGGGGAAACCCCUCACAGGACAUGUCCUACGCUGCACUAGUGCUGGAAUGAUGGUGUCUCUAGUGUCCUUCCUGAGGCAAUCAUGUCAGCUGAUGGUGUUCCAGCGGGGAGGCUCCUUUUAUGAUGAACUCUCUGUUGACGAUGACUGUGACUCACUAGAGAGUAAUUGUCAGGAGAGCAAGUUUGUCAAGCAUAUCCGCUCUCUCACUGUGUCCUUGUCGAAUCGUACCUCUGUAGCCCCACCCACUCUGACACGCCCCUCAUUUCAAUCACACACGUACCUCCGGAAACAACUCUCUCCGUUAUCCAACGACUUACCUCAGAAGAAACGAGAUGCCGUUCAAAAUCCCCUUCUCGUGUCCCCACUCAAGUAUACUCAAGAGGACUAUGCUCGCUACACUGUGACAUACGUGGGCUCUGCUGCACUCUACUUGCCUUUCUGUCGAGACUCCGUAUUGGACGCCCUCGAGGCAUUUGCAGAGGGGGGCGUGGCAUCUGGGAAGGCAGCCGUGACUAAGAACAAUGUUGAGAUGCAAGUAUCCGCUCUCAGUGUAUCUCUGGCGGAUAAAUCACACAGACUAUUUGUCACCCGAAACUAUGGCCGGAAACAAAUUCAAGGCUUUUGUGUGCAUCCCACGAACUCGAAGUAUUUUGCGUUUGCUAGUCUGCGUCCUGGUUUCCCUAACAACAUGAAGGUUCACGUGUUUGUCCAUGGAGAAGAACCUAGCUCACAGAUCAUUGACUCAUUACAGUACUGGCUAGAGCUGGCACCUUCAACAAGUUAGCUAGCAAUGGCGGACUCACUGUUUGUGUAAUGUUAUGAUUGAUUCUUGUUUGUCAUUUUCAUGCAUGUGUUUGGAUUUUGUCUAAAUUCUGUGAAUUUAUAAUAUUUACUGACACUUUAUAAGAAAUGUGCAAUUCAUGUAUCAUAAUAAUUAUUAUUAUAUUGAG